AUGGCAAUGCUUAAUGAGGCCAGCUUGAGUCCCGUGGAUGCACAUGCAACCACACCUACGCACAGCAAGGUUGCGGUGCCCAGUGCCACCACAAUGCUGACCACAAAAACGCCGUUCUCCAUCGAGCAUAUAUUGUUUCAAAAUUUAAAUAGUGCCAAUAAUAACAGUAGUAGUAAUAGCCAUAAUUAUGGCCACAGUCAGAAAGGCAGCAGAAAUGCAGUAAAAAAUGCCAGAAGCGGCAGCUUUGCCCACGACAAUAAUCCACAUAAGCAUCCGUCGCAACACUCGCUCCCAUCGCCUUCGCAUCCGUCGGCAUCCUCUUCCGCGGCUACUACAACGCGCAGCGAACAGGGAGCAUCGGGAUAUGGGAAUGAUAUUUACCCCAAGUCCUUGCACAACACUCAACGCGUUGGCCAACACUCACGUUCAGGAGCUUCUCAUUAUAGUACUGAUCAAACGGCACAGCCAAUGGGUUCUACGACAGGACAUCCGCCGCCUCCACCAGUACCAACGUCGCAUCCACCGCCUCCUCCUCCACAGAAUGGAGGAACUGGAGCACCCAAUGGAGUUCUAUAUCCCAAUGCACCGUACACGGAUCAUGGAUUCCUCCAAAUGACUCUCGGAUAUCUGUCUCCAUCGUCGGGCACUUACAAAUCCGUAGAUCCAUAUUUUCUCUCCCAAGCCAGCCUUUUCGGGGGAGCGCCCUUCUUUGGAGCACCCGGCUGCGUGCCGGAGCUGGCCCUCGGCUUGGGAAUGGGUGUGAAUGCUCUGCGUCACUGCCGUCGGAGGAAAGCCCGCACGGUGUUCAGCGAUCCGCAGUUGUCCGGCCUGGAAAAGCGUUUCGAGGCGCAACGCUACCUGUCAACACCAGAACGGGUGGAAUUGGCCACGGCGCUGGGACUAAGCGAGACGCAGGUGAAAACCUGGUCAAAUCGUCGCAUGAAGCAUAAGAAACAAUUGCGUCGGCGUGAUAAUACCAAUGAGCCCGUUGACUUCUCACGCACCGAGCUGGGCAAACAGGCAGGGGAAGCCACCUCCUCCUCCGUGGACACCAAGCUCGCCAAGUUGAAUUCUGGGUCCGGCGGAACGCCUACUCAGCAUACAAACGAACAUCAGCAACUGCAAAUGUGUCUCAUGCAGCAGGGAUACUCCACGGAUGAUUAUUCGGACCUCGAGGCGGACACCGAGGACGACGAGGACAAUUGCAGCGAUGUGGACAUUGUUGGGGACUCGAAACUCUAUCAGUUAACAUAGACGGUUUGAUCGACACCAAAUAAUUCGACCUAAGCUAGAUUUUGUUAAAUUUUA